AUGUUACGAUUACCGUCGCUGCGGACGAGGCCAGCCUAUGCCUCCCGCAUCUUAUUCUCUCGUCGUGCCCUUUCUUCUCAGCCCUCCGCGCCGCCGCUGAUUCGCAUCGAAAACGGUACUUUCUACCAGAGCUAUCCGACCCCCGAAGAUGAAGCCAAAGGCACAAACCCCCCAAUAUUCUCGAAUUUAGACUUCCUUCUUCCUUCCAACCCAGCUAGUGGACAGCAGCAACACUGGGCUGUUAUCGGAGCUUCAGGUCGAACCCAGUUCCUCAACGUUCUCCGCGGCCAGUACAUCAGUAUACCACCCACCGCACGCAGCUAUCCCUACCUUCUCACAGACGAAGUUGCGAAGAAAAACCCUCAGUUACGGUACCCAGGGCAUGCAAUUCAAUACAUUGGUUUCAGUGGUGAGGGCUCAGGGGCAAUUGGGGGAACAAGGGGCGCAUACUUGAGUGCUCGGUAUGAGAGUUUACGGGAAGAGACCGACUGGACCGUCCGACAAUACCUGAGGGGCCAGACAUCGCUUAAUCCAUUGGAGGAGGACAAAGAAGGCUUGAUCCGCGAUGAGGCAUACUUUACCGAUAUUGUCACGCAAUUGCGCCUACAUGACCUUCUGGACAUGCCCGUCGCAAACUUGAGCAACGGUCAAACUAGACGGACGCGGAUCGCAAAGGCUCUGCUCGGAAGGCCGGAGCUCCUGCUUCUUGACGACCCCUUUAUGGGCCUUGACCCGGCAACUGUCAGAGGCAUAUCGGAACUCCUCCAUCGGCUGGCAAGCAAUGCGGAACCCCGACUGGUGCUUUCCAUACGACCACAGGACCCGAUUCCGGAUUGGAUUACCCAUCUUCUCAUUCUCGGAAAUCACGGUCGAGUCCUUCUGCAAGAAGGCCGGAAAGAGGCCAAAAAGACCUUUGAAGCAUGGGGCAGGAUGGCCGUCAAGGCAGGCUCAACGCCCAAAUACCAACAAAUUAUGAAGAAAGCUAAAGCCGACAUUCGCGCAGGCUACCUAGACAAACAGCUUAUCUUUGACAUGGGAUUAGUGCCGCCGCCAGAAGAGAGCCAGUACAGUAUACAGGCGCCCCGAAUGGGUGAGGCUCUCAUCGAAAUGGACGGAGUUCGCGUGCAAUACGGCGACAAGGUCGUGCUGGGGAAUUGGUCUCAGAAAAUUAUGGGCAAACCAAAGGAAGGUCUACACUGGACUGUCCGCCGCGGGCAACGCUGGGUAAUUCUCGGGCCCAACGGCAGUGGCAAGACCACCCUCCUCUCCCUCAUUACCUCCGACCACCCACAAGCUUAUGCUCUCCCUAUCAAAAUCUUUGGCCGUUCGCGGCUCCCUGAACCCGGCAAGCCGCCAAUCUCCCUCUUUGAGCUCCAAUCCCGUAUUGGCCACUCCUCCCCCGAGAUCCACGCCUUCUUUCCCCGCCAGCUCACAAUCCGUCAGGCGAUCGAGUCUGCCUUUGCAGAAACCUUCCUCUCUAAGCCAGUACUCAGUCAUGACCGUGAUCUAGAUGUAUCCGCUGCCCUCCGCUUUUUCAGAGCGGAACUCGAUCCCAACUUCAAGGCAGAACCUCUCCGUGUCAUGAUAGACCGCGACUACUUCCCGUCAACCGAAAGAGCUUGGAAAGGUGCGACUUACGAGAUAGAUUACGAUAUUGAUUUUGCAGACAACGUCACAUUCGGUGAGCUCUCCACGGAGCAUCAACGUGUCGUCCUCUUCCUUCGCGCCAUGAUCCACAAACCGGACAUUGUCAUUCUCGAUGAAUCCUUCUCCGGCAUGACCAGCUCCCUCCGGGACAAAUGCAUGCAUUUCCUCGAAGUAGGCGAGCGCAUAGACAAACACUCCACUGCAACCAAACGCGCAGGCCACAAAAUCCCAUGGACCGAAGCCGUUGCGGGUAGAGAACCCAGAAGAGAGAUGCUAUUCCCCAGAAGCUUUUCACAGGAGAAGCGCCACUUCGGUCUUACCGACCAACAGGCCCUCAUAAUGAUCAGCCACGUUAGCUACGAAGUCCCCAAUAUUGUCCGGCACUAUAUGCGCCUUCCCUCUGCGCACCCUGAUGAUGCCACUGGUCUGGACUUCCGGUUUGGCUACCUCCAUAUGAAGAGCGUGUUGGGCAUGCCUGCCGUUUGGGAUAGAGCUUGGACGCACAAGGACUUGUUUGAAAAGAGUGGAGCGCGGAAGAAUUUCCGCAGAGGGAGGGAGGAGGGGGAGGUGUUAGAUGAGGAUGUAUACGAAUACUGGUCAAUUUGA